UCAUCUGCAGCUUCAUGGUGGCCGCACCCAUCUUCGGAUACCUGGGCGACCGCUUCAACAGAAAGGUGAUCCUCAGCUGUGGCAUUUUCUUCUGGUCGGCAGUCACCUUCUCCAGCUCCUUCAUCCCCCAGCAGUACUUCUGGCUGCUAGUGCUGUCCCGGGGGCUGGUGGGCAUCGGCGAGGCCAGCUACUCCACCAUCGCACCCACCAUCAUCGGCGACCUCUUCACCAAGAACACGCGCACGCUCAUGCUGUCCGUCUUCUACUUUGCCAUCCCGCUGGGCAGCGGCCUGGGCUACAUUACGGGCUCCAGCGUGAAGCAGGCAGCUGGAGACUGGCACUGGGCCUUGCGGGUGUCACCUGUCCUUGGGAUGAUCACAGGAACACUCAUCCUCGUCCUGGUCCCUACCACCAAGAGAGGCCAUGCUGACCAGCUAGGGGGCCAGCUCAAGGCCAGGACCUCAUGGCUCCGUGACAUGAAGGCCCUGAUCCGGAACCGCAGCUACGUCUUCUCCUCCCUGGCCACGUCGGCCGUGUCCUUCGCCACAGGAGCCCUGGGCAUGUGGAUCCCACUCUACUUGCACCGCGCCCAAGUUGUGCAGAAGACAGCAGAGACGUGCAACAGCCCUCCGUGUGGGGCCAAGGACAGCCUCAUCUUUGGGGCCAUCACCUGCUUUACGGGCUUUCUGGGCGUGGUCACCGGUGCAGGAGCCACGCGUUGGUGUCGCCUGCGGACCCAGCGGGCUGACCCACUGGUGUGUGCCGUGGGCAUGCUGGGCUCCGCCAUCUUCAUCUGCCUGAUCUUCGUGGCCGCCAAGACCAGCAUUGUGGGGGCCUAUGUCUGCAUCUUUGUUGGGGAAACGCUGCUGUUUUCUAACUGGGCCAUCACCGCGGACAUCCUCAUGCACGUGGUCAUCCCUACCCGGCGGGCCACCGCAGUGGCCUUACAGAGCUUCACCUCCCACCUGCUGGGGGACGCUGGGAGCCCCUAUCUCAUCGGCUUUAUCUCAGACCUGAUCCGCCAGAGCACCAAGGACUCCCCGCUCUGGGAGUUCCUGAGCCUGGGCUACGCCCUCAUGCUCUGCCCCUUCGUCGUGGUCCUGGGGGGCAUGUUCUUCCUGGCCACCGCCCUCUUCUUCCUCGGCGACCGCGCCAAGGCUGAGCAGCAGGUGAACCAGCUAGUGAUGCCGCCCGCAUCCCUGAAAGUCUGAGGUGGUGCCACUGGGAUGACGAAGAACCCACACUCCUACCUAGUCUAGGAAGUGUCCUACGGCGUCCUGGACCCACAGGGCUGUCCCAGAGCUGUGUGUGUGACCCACAGCUAGGCACCCACCAUCCCUGGCCAGGGACUAAGUGGCCCUGGCUCCAUGAAGAGGCCGUGUCCUCACUUAGCCUGGAAGGCUGUGUGUGUUGGAACCAUGGAGUUGGCCAGAUUCCCAGCCCUGGAUUUGGGCUGCGGGACUCCUGGGGCCAAGGGAGAUGGCCCCAAGUGGGCGCAUCGGGAGAGCCUGGCCUGUCACUGGCCUAUGUGACCUUGGGCAAGUCCCUGCCUUCCUUGGACCUCGGGGCCAGGGGGCCGGACUUUCCCACACGGCUGGCUGGACAAGGCACCGUCUGCAGCUUUGAAGAUCCAGCGGACCCCGGACUGUACAGAGCGGAGAUGGCCCAGGCCUCAGGGCAGAGGUCCAGGUUCUGAGGUCCCCUGAGGAGCCAGGGACCAGUCUCCCCGGCCUCUGACCUGAGGAUGCUGGACUCCACCUGGCUAACCACCAGGUACCCAAGUCACUGGGCACUUCCUGGUCCAGCUGGCCACUCUGGAGGACAUUCGUCCCUACUGAGCUCAGGCUGGCUCAGUCUGAAGGUCCCCCAGGUGGGGACCAUCCUGACAGGGAGCUGGCAUCGCCAGGGGUGAAGGCCCUGGCAGCAGCUGCACCCCCACCUGUGCUCCAGGCUUCAGACUGUUGAGAGCCACCACCAGUCCACCUCUGCGGGGCUCCGUGUGCCUCCUACAUCUUUGUGGCCCCCCCACCCUGAAGCCAAGAACCCCUCCCUGCCCCAGGCCAGGCUGAACCAUUUCCAGGGACAGGACCCAGGGGACUGUUCCCAGAAUCCAUGGGGCAGUAGCCAGAGCUCUGGCUGCUGGAGGAAGCAGCCCUCCACAGAGCUUCCUGCCCGGGGCAUGAGCUUGGUGGAGGCUGAGGCCCACCUGGAGAGGCCAACCCCCUGAGCCACCUACACCCACACGCUGCUGCUGCUGCACACGCACAUCGGAAAGCUCCGCGACUCCCAGCUGUCCCCUGGGGGCUGGGCCUCCACCCCAGCCUUGGAUCGCACUGUCUGCAGUCCCCGUUAUCCUGCAGCCACACUGGGGUGUUGCUGCCGGCCCCCUGGGAAGCCUAUCCUGACUCCACACAAUUCCCACACAUCUGUUACAAUCAAGGUGUUCUGGUGUGGGGGCCCUCGGGGCCGGUAGGAGACCCCAAGAACCAACUCCCAGCCCCUCAGUCACUGGCUGGCUGUGACAUCAGUCGUGUGCAAGCUGGCGGAGCGCCCACCUCACUGAGCUCUGGGGCGCCUGGGGGCCUGGCAAGGGGUGGGGAUACCCCAAAGACCAGCCUGGCCUCCAUGGUCACCCCGGCCUCAGCUGGGGGCCCCAGCAAUGUUUUCUUGUUGUACAAGAACCAGGUCCAAGUGUUGCCUCCUCUUCCUUCCGGAAGCAAAACUGCUCCUUUAUUUUUUAGAGCUGCUGAUUGUGAAUCUCAGAGUCUUAAGAGAGAAGCCAAAUAUAUUCCUCUUGUAAAUGAAGAAAUAAACCUAUUUAAAUCACGGCCUGGUAGUUCCUGCAGUGAAACAUCCCUGGGCAGGGGUCGGGGGCGGUCACACUGUGCCCAGUGUGGCCACUGCACACAGCCCCGGGAACAAGGUGCAGCCCCACAGAAGUCGCACGUGAGAAACAGGCCAGGGCAGCAGCAGGAUCUGACCCAGAACCAGGCCCCCGCACUCUG